CCGCCCUCCGCCCGGCAGGGCUGAUCCCGGCUCGCCAUGUCCGGAGCACUGGAAGCAGCGCACAAGGCUCUGCCCCGUUAGCCCAGGUCACCCGGGGGGGACUCAGCCAUGGAUUCGUCCCCCCCAGAACCCGGGGCCCCCCCUGACCCUCUGCAGCUCUGGCAGGAGGAGAACCAGACGCAAGGCGGGCUCUGGAACGGCAGCCAGGAGCUGGGCUGGGAAGAGCUGGAGAAGAUGCUCUUCCUCUUUGCAAAGGAGCCCGUCACCAUCAGCCUCACAGUGAUGUACUUGCUGUCCUUUGUGGUGGGCUUUGUGGGCAACAUCAUGUCCAUCAGGGUGCUGACCCGCAAGCGCCGGAGCCACGUGUCCAGCCUGAGCGCCACCCGCAGCCUCCUCAUCAACCUGGCGGUGUGCGACCUCAUGGUGGUGUGCAUCUGCAUGCCCAUCACCGUGGGCAACCUCAUCUACAAAGCCUGGGUGUACGGGGACUUCCUAUGCCGGGCAGUGCCCUUCAUCCAGGCUGUUUCUGUGUCCGCCAGCGUCCUCAGCCUGACGGUCAUCAGCGUGAACCGGUACUACAGCGUGCACAACCCGCUCAAUGCCCGCUCCUUCUUCACACAGAGGAGGAUCCUCAGCACCAUCCUGGUGGUGUGGUUGCUGUCCUCAGGGAUAUGCAUGCCCCUCAUCUUCAUGAACAAGCGGGAUGAGAUCGGGGUGGUGGAGGGCUUGCCCCUGGUGUUUUCCAUCUGCAGGGAGAUCUGGCCUCAGGAGAGGCUCAAGCAAGCCUACAACUUUCUGCUCUUCUGCGCCCUGUACUGCCUGCCCGUGCUGUUCAACAUGGUGAUCUGCUUCCUCACGGUGCGGCGGCUGUGGAGCCGCAGCAGCCAGCUGAAGGACAGCUCUGCCCUGAACCGCUCCCUGCCCGCCUCCAGGCUGAAGAUCCGCAGGAAGGUGGCGCAGAUGGUGGUGGCCCUGGUGCUGCUCUUCGCCAUCUCUUGGCUGCCCGUCUACCUGAUGGACAUCUGGAUCGAUUUCAACAUCCCCAAGUCCUUGCAGGAUGUGACUCCUUCUCCUUGGAUCCUGCAGCUCAGGCCUUUUGCCCAGUGGCUUGGCCUCACCAAUUCCAGCCUCAACCCAAUAUGCUAUUGCUUUGUUGGGAACCUCUACAGAUCAGCCAAGGAAAUGAAGAGCAAAUACCACCAAAGGAUGGUCUCUCUCUUUAACUUCUCCCUGUCUGAAGGGACAACUCAUUCCUCAGUCCCAGAGCUGCUCUCUUACCGGAGUUCAGUGGAGCCUGCAAGGAAAGGACCCUCCAGCACACCCUCCAUGGACAGGAGAUGUCAGGGGAGUCAUGGCCAUAAGAACACGUGUGGACACUUGAAAUCCUGCCAGCAUCCACCUCUGAAUACUGUCUCCAGUGAGAACACUUCCUUGUAAUUCUGCUCAGGAAGUGCCACUCAUGCCCUCAUCUGCAUUUAAGGACUCCGGAGAUCUUUCUGAACCUGGUAUUUUAAUGAUGGAAAGGAGCUUUCUCCUAACAACUCUUGAUACCAUUUCAAAAAUGCCGUGACAGGGAAAGAAACAGGUAAUGAGAUAAAAAGAUGAUGUAUUUUAACUCAGAUGAAAUUUUAAGACAAAUUAUUUUUUACUGGGGACAACUGGAUGUGCAGCCCGUUGCCCAGUCAACAGUCACAUAAUUAGGCAGAUCAAGUUCCCAACGAGUGAGCUCUCCCUGCAGCUCCAUCCCUGGAUGCAGAGAUGCUGUUUGGAUACAGCAACGAUUUGACUGCUUGCUGCUGCUCACACUGGCUGAUGAAGAGCAGUGAUAAGAGGCACUCUGUGCUCCAAAUCCAUCAGUUGUAGUUGCAAGCAGUGAAGAAAAGCUGGAAACAGCAUCAUAAAAAGUAAUAGUAAAUGGAGAAUUUCACACACUUUACCACUUGAGACUUCAUUGUCUGCUCAUAUUGUUUCACUCCUCCACGCAAAUAAAUUCUCCUUAUGUGAAGAGACCAUGCCAGAAGUACUAAAGCAACCAUCACCAUUCCACAUUUGGGGAUUCAGAAGGGAUAAUGUGGCCUCAGAGGUAAUUUAGGAAAUGAAACAGGAAAAUAUUUUUUUGGGCACCAGCUCUCUUUCUUACAGCGGUGCUCCUGUGUGUGGAGUGGAAAGAACUGGGCAUCUAUUAACAUGAUUCGCACUUGAAAAACCAGCCUUGUUCAGCUGUGUCUGUACCAAACAAAGUCAAUGGCAUGUGAAAACAAAAAUAGAAAGUGGUUUAUAGGUAAUAAAAUCAGAAACAAGCAAUGCAAUGCUGUUUGUCUGGGAAGGAGCGAAUCAAAGUGCUUGCUUUUCCUGAGCAUCACAAGUAGGUUAAAACCUGUUUCGUCCAUCUCCUCCUUUAAAGGAGACUUUGAUAAAUAAAUGGCAUACUUUUAUUCUGUUAGCAUUGAAAGGCUCCAGUACAGCUUGAGCAUUCUGUUGUUCUGAGCACAAAGGAGACCUUUCUCCCCAAGGUCUACGAGAAAACACAUCAGAUCAGGCAACAGGUAGGAGACAAAAAAAUUACAACAAAGAUUCAAAAGGCUGGAAUGACACCAGAAAUGAACCCCUUCCCUGCCCUGUGCCAAGGGAGAGAGCCCAUGCCCAGCUGCUUGUGCCCCAGCUCCUGGCACAGCAGCUUUGU